AUGAUCGUUGAAGCAGUCGAUAAUGAGACGGAUACGACACCAUCACGCAAACGCAAAAGAACUGAAAUGAAGGAGUCGUCUGCUUUGGACAACGCUUUUGAGGAGCUCCGAAAGGCGGUUAGCCAUAAAAAGCAACGGCUACAAGAGAAAAAUCGCAUGCUUCAAGAUGAACUUCGCAAGGAGAGGGAGAGGCACCAAAAGACGCAAGAGGAACUUUCCCAGCAAAGAGAAAGGCGUGUUUUAGAGUGCGGGAUCUGCUACAUGCAGCCAGAUCGCUGGGUGACGAUUCUAUGUGGGCACAUGGUCUGCGAGUUAUGUGCGGGAAAUUUUGAGACACUAAAGAAGUGUCCUAUCUGUCGAGCAGCGGUCACGGGAUAUGUCGGAUGCUACCCUUUUGCAGGAUAA